CGUGAAGUACGACAGAAAUGGGGUACAAGCAUUUGAUUGUGGGUCUUUGGUGCCUGCUGGCAUUGGAAUUCGCAGUCGCAUUGUCGGACAAGUAUAGCUCGCGGUAUGACAACAUCGACCUAGACGCCAUCCUCAGAAACAACAGGGCCCUCAAUGGCAUCAUCAAGUGUAUCCUGGAGAAGGGCCCAUGUUCUCCUGAGGGAAGAGAACUAAAAACCGAUCUACCGGAUGCGUUGCGGACAGAAUGUGCCAAGUGCACAGAUGCACAGAAGAGGCUCAUCAGGAAGGCUUCGAGGUACCUAAUGGAAAACCGAGCCAAUGACUGGAAAGAGAUCACCAACAAGUAUGAUCCUGACAGACAGUUCUCUGACAGCUUCCAGAGGUUCCUGAAGAGCGAUGCGCUUUUGUAAAAUGUUCCUACCUGAGAUGGAAUUAAGAGUGCCAUGCGACAGACUAAGAGGAAGCAGAUUCAUAUGAUUUCAACAUCCUAAACAUAUUCACCAACGGACGUAUAUGCUCUUUGAUGAUUUGGGAAUUUUGGAAGCGAAAUUUAAACAAAUACAGCACUGCAAAUGCAUCAAUACAAUGUAAUUUAUUCUAAAUAAAUAGGCGUAUCCUUAAUUAUAUCUGCUGAGUUAUUUUAAUGUGUGCACAAAAUACAUGAAAUUAUUAUUUAA